CAAGCUCGGCCAACCUCCAGAAAGUUCUGUCUUGCUAGGUGAGGGCCCUAUAAUUCUCUCCUGCGGGCACCAGACCACCACGGGACCUGGGCUGGCUUGUGGGGAGCAAGAAAUCCAGCCCUAAACACUGGACUUCGGAUUCCGAGGGUUCUGAAUCCAACUUCAGACUGGAUUCGAGGUGUAAGGGGAAGAGGAGACAAAUGAAAGGUGACCCUGAGGCUGUUUGGGCGGCUUGAGGACGACGAACCAUGGCCAACUCUCCCAGGGAGGGAAAACCGGCCAGGUCUCUGGACUUCACCCGGCUGGUUGACAUGGCCUCUGAGUCCGUAGGAGGAGAGAUUUUAUUUGCAACGGAUGAUUUUUUUGCUCCUGCGGAAAACCUCAUAAAGACUAAAAGCCCAAGCUUCAGAGAAGACGAAUACACGGAGUUUGGGAAGUGGAUGGAUGGAUGGGAGACCAGAAGGAAAAGGAUUCCAGGUCACGACUGGUGCAUCAUCAAGCUGGGGAUACAAGGGAUUAUCCGGGGCUUCGAUGUGGACAUUUCCUACUUCAUGGGAGAUUAUGCUCCUCGGAUAUCAAUCCAAGCAGCAAACUUGGAAGGAGAUAAAGCACCAGAAAUGCCACAGAGAGGAGUCAGGACAGGGGCCGCGGCCACCCCGGCGGAGUUUGAGGCUGUUGGUAAGCUGGGGUCCAACGAUUGGAAUUACUUGGUUCCCAUGACAGAGCUUACACCAGGAAAGCCUGCUUCCAGCCACAAUUAUUUUCCUGUCGACUCCCAGCAGAGGUGGACUCACGUGAGACUCAACAUUUUCCCGGACGGUGGGAUUGCACGUCUUAGAGUGUAUGGUUGUGGACAGAAGGACUGGACCGCAACUGAUCCCAAGGAACCGUUUGACCUCGCAGCCAUCGCUCACGGGGGCGCCUGUGUAGGAUUCAGCAACGCACACUUUGGGCAUCCAAACAAUAUGAUAGGAGUCGGCAAGGCUAGGUCUAUGGCUGAUGGCUGGGAGACCGCAAGGAGGCCGGACAGGCCACCGGUGUUAGAGAAUGACGAGAACGGUAGUCUCCUUGUUCCGGGUUGCGAAUGGGCAGUCUUCCGGCUGGCACAUCCUGGAGUGAUCACUCAAAUUGAAAUCGAUACGACGUAUUUUAAAGGCAAUUCGCCCGACAGCUGUAAGCUGGACGGCUGCAUCCUGACGACUCAGGAGGAGGAAGACAUGAUCAAGCAGAAGUGGGAGCUUCCGGGCCAUAAGUGGAAACCGCUGCUUCCCGUCACGAAGCUGUCCGCCGACAAAAGUCACUUGUUCGACAGCCUGACCCUGGAGCUCCAGGACGUCAUCACGCACGUGAGAUUCACCAUCACCCCGGACGGGGGCGUGAGCCGCCUGCGCCUCAACGGCUUCCCCAGCUCCCUCUGCCUCCUGCGCCCCCGGGAGAAGCCCAUGAUGAGGUUCUCCGUGAAGGCAGGCUUCCGGGCCAACCUGUGACUCCGCGCGGCCGUGCGGUGGCCCCGUCGCACUCUUCUCUUGAAGGGUGUUUAACAUCUGAAACUUAAGAGGUUUCUGGCAAUUGAUCUUUUUAGGACCAACGUAAUUCCUGGUGAUUUAAUAAAGCGGUCACGCUCA